CCAACAACAACAACAACAAAAGUUAUAACAAAAGUCAAUUAUUUUAAAUUAUAUCCACUUUUUAGGUUUAUCGUUUUUAUUCAUCGAUAACUUUUUUUUUCUAUUAAUAUUUCAUUAUUCUUUCCACCACAACAAUCUAUACCUAAUAGACAAACUAUAAUCAAUCAAAUCUAAUCCUAUCUAAGAUCAAAUCAACUAUAUCUCAUCGUAUAUCAUCAUCAUUAUCAUGGUGUUAUAUAAACGAAAACCAGUUAGUUUUCUUUCCUCACCUCAAAUACCUCAAGAUACUUCAAUUCAAGUUUAUUAUAUCCCUCAAACUAAAGAAUGGUUUAUUAAUUAUGAAGAUUAUUUAAAUCGAAUGGAUUAUUUUAAACGUAAGAAAUUCGUAUGUGAAAUAACUGGAAAUUCUUGUCUUACAUUUUUUGAAGCUUUAGAAUCAGAAGCAAAAGAAAUUGAAGGUGUUGAAAGAAAUUUCCCUGAAGCUUUAAGAGAACAUAUCUUAAGAUUCUUACAAUUUAAUCGAAUUACAAGAUUAGAUCAAUUAGUUGAUAAAGUUUAUCUGGUAUUUAAAAAUGAUUUCUUUCCCGGUGAAACUAUAUUUAUAAAAGGUUCUUUAACUGAUUAUAAUUCUUUAAAGAAAAAUAUUACUAUUACUAAUGAUUCACAUAAAAAUCAACCCUUAAUUAAACAAAGAGGUGUGGUUAGAGAAAAAGUUCAACAAAGAUUAGGUGAUUCAAUAACUACUAAAUAUUUAGUAGUUAGAUUAAAUGAUAUGCAACAAUCAAUUGUAACUCCGGAUAAAAUCGCCAGAGAUAGAAAUCAUUUUACAAAAUGGUUAAUUAAAACUUUUAUAAAAUUAACUAUGGCAAGAUCUCAUAAAGUAAAUGCUCCUUGGGUAGUUAAAGAUAAAUUUGCUAAAAAAUAUAGAAUUCCUCAAGUUUAUCCUGAAGAUUUAAUUCAAUAUGCUGAUUCAACUCCUUCAGGUGAAAAUAUUAUUAAAGAUCAUCCAAAUAAUCUGAGAAUUAAAAAUGGUAAAAAUGGUCAUAGUUAUGUUUUUCAACAAGAAACUGGUGAUGAAGAUAAAAAAAUUCGGAAAAAGCCUGGGCCAAAAGCUGAACAACAAAAAUUACAACAACAACAAAUCUUACUUAAAAAGAAAUUCCCAGCUCAUUAUUUACCUGAAAAUCUUGAAUUAGAUGAUGAUUUAUUUAUAUCUGAACGUUCAACUCCAACUGUUAAUGGUGGAACUGCUAUAACUACUACUACUUCAAAUGUUAUUAAUUCAAGUAGUCUUCAACCAACUAAAAAACAUAUAACUAAUGAUUUGGAAAUUAAAUUUGAUAUUCAAAAUCCCAAACCUUCUCCUCAAGCUUUAUUAUUACCUGAAAAUGCUAAAUCUUGGAAUAAACAUUUAAUUCAAGAAUUAACUAAUGAAAUUAAUAAUAAAGAAGAAGAAAAUAGUAAUGAAGAAGAAGAGGAUGUUAAACCAAAUCGAAAAAUAACUACUAAACUUGGUAAUGAUGAUGAAUUUGAUAUUAAUAAUUUCACUCCUGAAGCGUUAAAUGAUCUUAAAAUUUUAAGUUCUCCAAAAGUAAGUGCUGUUCAAGAAGCUUUACAAUCAUGGAUAUUUAUCAAUGUAUAUCAUUCAGCUUUAAAUUUGGAUACAUUUACCUUUGAUGAUUUUAUUUAUGCUAUGGGAUGGAAUUCAGAUCAAUUCAAUGAAUUAGGGAGAUGUGAAUUAUUAGAUGAAAUUUGGUGUUCUAUAUUAAGUGCAUUUAUGUCAAAUCAAUUACCAACUGGUAAAGAAUUGGCAGCUGCUAAAGAAAAAGAUACUAUUUUUGGAUUACAAAUUCAUUUACCUCCUAAAGAUUCAUUUAUAACUCCAAAUACUGCUAAAAAGGAAUUAGAUGGUGAAGGAGAUGAUGAUGAUGAAAGAGGUUCAGAAAGUGAACAUGAAGAAAAAACUUUAAAGAGUGAAGAUGAUGAAGAAGAAGAUGAUGAUGAUGAGGAAGAUACUGUUACUGUUAAAAAGUCAUCUAAAUCAAGAUCAAAAUCACUGAAUGGGACAAAGAAAGAAGAAACCAUUGAUGUCGAUGAUGAAGAUGCCGAUGGUGAAGAUGAAGAGGAAGAAGAAGAGGAAAAUGAAGAUAAUGAAGAAAACAAUGAAGAUGAAGAUGAAGAUAUGGAACAAGCAGAUGAUGUUGAUCACAAUGCUUAUAUCGUUAUGAAUCAUAGAAAUUCAUCUUGGGAUGAUAGACUUCGUAAAAGAAAUUUUAAAGAUGGUAAUUGGCAAUGUAUUUUAUUAGGAUUACUUUCUCAAGUUGAAUAUGUUCCAACUUAUCAACCAAUCAUUGAAAAAUUAUAUCAUGUUUUAGCUCCAAAAGAUUUACCUGCUACCCCUUCUACAGUAUUAAAUCAAUUUUAUGAAAAAGUUGAUAUAAAUUUAAAAUUUAAAGUUUUAAAACUUUUAGUAGACCUUUUAAUUAGUGGUACUAAAGUUAGAAGUUAUAUUGAUGAAUGUUUGGAUGCAUCAACUAAUUUAAGAAGAAAUAGAUUAGAUAAUAUCAGAGAUUAUAAAAUUAGUCUUGAAAAUGCUCAAAGAGUGAAUGCUAUCAUGGUUGAUAUGUUACAUGAACAUAAUAAAUCAACUGAUGAAGUUGCUGUUAGUACUCCAACUCCAGCACCUGUUCCAGCUGCUGAAAAUGGUUCUGCUACAACUGCUACUACUACAACUUCAAAUAGUAAUACAAUUAAUAGAAGACCAAGAUUAAAUUAUCAAGCAUUUGAAAUGACUGAGAUUGAAAAAGCAUUUUCUGAACAAAAUACUACUUUUAAAGAAUUAUGGCAUGAAAGAACUGAUUCUUUAUUAAAAUUAAAACAAUUAAAAUUAGAUAAACGAGAAAUCGAAAAGAAAUUAACUGAAUUGGAUUGUCAAAGGGUUAAAUUAUUAGGUAAAGAUCGUUUAUUUAAUAGGUAUUGGUGGUUUGAAAAUAAUGGUUUACCAACCUUACAUGGUGGUACCAACGAUGAAGAUGAAAAUGAAGAAGAAACUAAGGAAAAAGAGGUUGAUGAUACUAAUGAUGAUGAUGGUAAAGAUGAAGUCUUGGAAGAAACUUAUUUAAUGGGUAAGUUAUGGAUUCAAGGUCCAUCUGAUGAUGAUUUAAGAAUUUAUUUCAAAACUAAUUAUGAAGAUAGUGAUCAAUUCAAUCAAGAUUUUUCUAAUUUUGAAUUUGAAGAAUUUUUAAAGCAUUUAAAUAAACAAGCGGAAGAAAAAAUUGAUGAAAAGAAAUCAGAUGUUAAACAAGAACCAACAGUUGAUGGUGAUUCGAGUAAUUCUCCUCCAAAAGAAAGAAAAACUCAAAUUAAACACAUGGAUUUCACUAAAUUACCUGUCCCAUUCACCAAAACUGUAUCUAAAUUAUAUGAUCUUAAUUUCACUUCCAAUCAAAUUUUAAAAGGGGAUGAAGUAAUUAUUGAUCAUGAAGGUGCAUUAAUAUCAUAUGAAAAAUCACAAAUAUUAACACCAUUUCAAAGAAAAUCUAUUGAAGAAUAUUCUGAUCCUUUAAUUAAUGGGUCUAAUUGGAGAUUCUAUGAUAAACCAGAUCAAAUUUCAAAAUUGAUUUCAUGGUUGAAUCCUUGGGGUAAGCGUGAAUCUCAAUUAAAGAAAGAAUUAGCUCUUGUUAAAGAUGCUAUAGUUCUGUCUAUUGAAGCUCGUAGAAAAGCCUUAUGGUUAGAUAAAACUCCUGAAGAGGAAGUUAAUAUUGAAAAUGAUAUUGAGAAGAUUGUUCAAAAGAUCAAAUCAAUUGAAAAUGGAGGAGAUGAAGAAGAAGCAGAAGCUGAAAUUGAAGAUGAUGAUGAUAUAUCUCCAGGUCCAAAACGUAAUUUAAGAAGAAAAUUCACCCCCAGAAAGAAGCAAAAGAUUAAUAGUGUCAAUGAUGUAGUUGAAUUUGGUGAUAUUAGUCAAUUACAAGAAUUUGCAUCUAAAUUACAUCAACAAUUAAAAGAAAAAAGAGAAGAACGAGAUUUAUCAAGAGUAUUGGAAUGGGUUAAUUCAAAGGCUUUAGAAUCAUUUGAUAAAUCAUUAUAUGAUGGUGGUGAUAAAUGGAAAUCAAAACAUUCAAAGCGUACGAAACGUUAACACAUCUGUACUAUAACUAUAAAUAA